GGAGUUAAUUAGUAAAAGACACAGAUAUAUACUGAUAAAGAGAUAAGAAGAGGAAGAAAAUGAACAAAGUCCUCUGAAACACAAUGAUGAACCACUUUUAGCAAACACACACAUACAUCAAAGGACAAAGAAACAGAGAGAAUUAAAACGAAAACGGAGGAGGAACAGUUAGCGCCGUCCAUGGCGGGUCUUCAGAGAUCCACCAUAUCUUUCCGGCGACAAGGCUCUUCAGGUAUAGUCUGGGACGAUCGCCUCAUCGCCGAGCUUAGCCAACAAGCCAAUGACCAGAAAGGCGAAACGCAACCACAGGGAGGGGAUGAACUACACGCGGCUAAGCUGAUGAUUACCUCGGGAGGUGAAGAGCAGACAACAGCUAAAUCGAUCGCCGGAGAAGGACUCCAGCCGAUCAGAACUGAUCACGGAGGCGCAGUAGGGGGUCUCGAGAGGAGUCGAUCCAACGGCGGAGGAGCCAUCAGGCACCAUCGAAACACGGGGAGAGUGUCUCCGGCGGUGGACCCGCCGUCUCCGAGGCUGUCGGCGUUUGGGUGUUGCUCUGCGUUUGGGAAGAAACCGCCGGGGAAGAAGGUUAGUCAGAGGAAAAGACCAACGAAGCGGAGAUCCAGGUAGGCCACCACAUGAAGUCAUGAACAACCCAAGUACCCAACCAAGUAAAGUAAAGAACACACACAAAGACGAGAAAACACAAAGCAAAGACUUUACUUAAUUAUACUUACUGCUGCUAAUGGAUCUCUUUAAUUAUUUUCUGUUUUUGUUUGUGUUCUUUACUUUACAACUUAAAACUAGUUUAAACUUUGAACUGGUCAGACGAUGUUUAUAUGUCUCUCUGUUUUGGUUUCGAGUUUUACCGGUUGAUCCUAUAAUAUGUUUUUUAUUUUGUACUUGGGAUUGUAAAUUUAAAAAGCGUCUUUUAUGAAUCCUAAA